ACCUCUGCUGAGGAGCUCAGAGCCUCACACAACUAUGGAGAACACAUCCUUCCAGGAGCCCUACCCCAGCAAACCAGGGGACCAACCUCCUGCAUACAGCCCUGGACCUCCAGUCAUGCAGCCCUCUCCAUGCCCUGCUUAUAACCCAUCGGGGCCAGAUCAUGGUGUCCAACAGACCCUCAUCAGCCAACCAGCCUCAACCAACAUUGUGAUGAUGAACAGGCGAGCGGCAUCAACCCGGCCCCAGUACAACGAUUACCUCUGCUGGUCCAUCCUGAACUUUCUGUUCUGCUGUUGGCCCCUUGGACUUGCUGCUAUUAUCUACUCACGGAAGACAAGACGCGACAUUAAGAAUCACGACCACGAGGCCGCCGCCAAACAUUCCCGCAAGGCCUGCCAUCUGAAUGUCUCGUCUUUUGUCACUGGAAUCAUCCUUCAAGUUCUACUUGUUCUUUACUAUGUCUAUGUAAAGGAUCCCAAAGAGCACACACGUUAUCCAUAAUGAUUUGUGUAUGAAAUAAAGCUUAUGUUAUUUCUGAGCCUU